AUGGCGGAGGGGCGCGCCCCCGCGCGGGGGCCGACGGGAAGGAAGUUCGAACGGCGCCGGCGGGCCCCGGCGGCCAUGGCGGAGGAGGCGGCCGAGGACGCUGCGCUGCGGACCCUGCCCAGCCUCAGGCGGCUCUCCCGGGCUCUCCCCUUCGGACGGACCCACAGCCGCCUCGGCACCAGCCCCAGCGGCCGCCUCAUCGCGCCGCCGCUGUGCUCUCAGGAGAGCGUCGAUGCGCAGAAAAUAGCGUGGCUGCUGCGAAAAGCCUGGACGCUGUACAGUGUGACGCCCCUGUUCCGCUUCCAUCGCGCCCGCCUCACGGAGUACGCGCGGCUGCUCAGCGCCUUCAUCGCCGCCGAGAAGAGGAAGGGGCUGGCGGUGGAGGUGGGCGUCGAGCUGGACAUCAAGGUGGCCCUGACCAGCCUUGCCGACCUCCGAGGCAGCGAGCUGGACCAGGCUGCCCUCCUCGUGCAGCUCUCUUCAAGGUCACAAACUUCCUCCAGGAACUCUGAAGACAAGCUGGUGUGGUCGGGCUGGUUCUGCUCCAUGUUUGGAGAUGACUUUUCCGAGAACGUGCUGGAGGACUUCACCUGCCUGCCCCUGUUCCUGAGCCACGGGGCCGAGAGCUACACGACCUUGGUUGGAAGCUGGUUCCAGAAGACUUUUGACUGCUGUUUCCGCCGCCUGGCCAUCAGCCCCCUGAACCUCAGCUGGAUGGUGGCCAUGUGGGCUGGCUGCAAGCUGGACAGAGCUGCCUCUGCCGUGGAACUCGUCUUCUCCGUGCCCUGCCUGUCCCAGCCCCUGGAUAUUUCAUACGCCAUCCACCCAGAGGAUGCCAAAGCUCUGUGGGACACAGUGCAGAAAACGCCGGGAGAGAUCACCCAGGAGGAGGUGGAUGUGUUCAUGGACUGCCUUUAUGCCCACUUCCACAGGCACUUCAAGAUCCACUUGUCAGCUACAAAGCUGGUGAAGGUUUCCACAGCGGUUGCCUCGGCACACUGUGAUGGGAUUGUAAAGAUUCUACACAGCCAAUACCUGCCUGGAGUGCUGAUGCUACUGACUGAACUUGCAAUCUCUCAGAUACAGUGAGAGCCAUUUCAGUAGCUCUUCAUGCUAAAGAGGCUUUCUGUUUGGACAGUCUGUGCUGAGAAACCAACAGGAAAUUCACUCCUGCAGCAUCUUCUUUCCUCUCAUUCUGGCUGUCUGCAGUUGGACUGUAACAACAGCACUUGGCUGUGUAACUCCAUGCUGUGCACAGCAAAGUCAAGCAGACAUUUGGCCCUGAACAAGGGUUGCAAUGCAGACUUGUGACAGCUUCCUGAGCAGCUUUUUUUUCUCAGUCACUCAUUUCAUUUAUGUGCAGAUAUCAGCUCAGAGACAAACACUGCAAAUUCUUGAUGCAACUUGCUGACAGGUAUUUAUUUCUGUGCUUCAAAGUUAAGUUUUCACUGGACAGCCUAAGCUACACAGGCCUUGGCUAAACUGUGACUACUCUUGGGCUAGUCUCUGCUAGAAAAGGAUUCUGCUCUAGAAUCCAGGGCAGAAAUAUCCAGGUUUCUAACUCCCUUUUUAGCUUGUUAAGGAUACUUGGUAAUGGUGAUAAUGUUCAUGUACAUUCUAGCUGGGCAUGAGAUUGGACACAAGGCACUUGUCAGCCUGUUGGUCCUCCCAGGCAAGUUAAUAGAUAGGAAAGGGAGGUGUGGAUAAGCUUGAUAGUUACUAGGCUUUGUUGUGAUGUUUGUCAUCUUGGAUGUAAUCCUGUAGGCCAGAGAGCUCUCAGGGUUAGAGCUGUGUGCUAGAAUUUGAUGUUGGAACCCUCCCUUCUGGAGCAAGAGUUCAGAGGGACAGUGCCCAGUGUCUGGCUAGACAUUUAAGGAGCACAAAGUACCACCAGCUAAGAUGUUUUGUAAUACAGUUAUAAAUAAAAUAACUUCCAUCUUUUGUCUUAAGGAAAGACCACCUAUGCCUAAUUAAAUAUCUCCUUGCAUGGAGCUUAUAUCCAACUGUAGCUCACCUGACUAAGCCACCACUUGUUACUUAAUAAAUGCUUUUGUAAGCAGCAACAUUCCAACUCUAUAGUUUCUUGCUUCUCACUUGUGCAGCAUCUCUAGGAGCUGAUUUGUCCUAUGACCUUCUCCUAAACAGGGAUGCAAGUUUCCUCUUUUCCCAGUAUAAAACUGCCUAAUAUGACAUAACUGCAUGCCUAGUUUCUAACCUAUUUCCAGAAUUAAACAAAGAAACAUGCACUUGGAUUUCAGAUUCUUUACUAGUUGAAGAUGGAUCAUUUUUGCAUGUUAAGGUUGAAGUCUGUGGUAACUCUUACCCUGGUAAUGAGCAGCUAAGUGAUCUUCUGAAGGUUUUGGCAGCUCAGCAGCUACUUUAACUAUCACUUCUGGUGCUUUAGUUUCCUUUUUUGAAAUAUUUCAAAGUUUGCUAUCUGGAGUCACAAGAGCACUGGACAAAGGAAUACAAAGUCUGGAAAUAACUGGCACCUUUAUUUGGUUUGAAAAUAGGAAUGUUACACCCAGGGCUAAGUUUUAAAACUAAUGCUCAGCUCUUUCCAACAAAUUUGCAUAAAUAAUCUCUAAAAACCUAAUUUUUCAUAGCUUUUUUUAACCUCUUCCUUGUGUUGUCCUAUUUGAUAAAUGCAGUUAAGUGAGCAGAGAGAAGAUUUAGCCAGAUAGCACAGAUUCUUCCUUCCAGAAAAAGCUGGUUCUGAGUGAUGUGAAG